AUGCACAAUUUGAACCCAACGUUAACAACCUCAAUAAGGCACACUAAAGCAUCCAAGGCAAUGAAGAUUGAAGACAUUGUUCUUAAACAAGAGCAGGACGACAUAUGGGAGAUCAUUGAUGUAUCCAGCAACAUUUUCUCCCCACAAACUGCAACUAAUUCCCCCAGUUUUUCAGUGCAAGAAUUUGGGACCUCCAUAUCUUCAGAAACAGUGUUCUCUGUUGAUGCAAGGGCAACACAAGGAAUCCAGCAAAUUGAGUCUACCCAAUUAACACCCCAUCUCACAGAAUUACCUCAUAAAGUGACUGGCAUGAAGAAGAGACGCAGGAGAAAUAAAACUGGAUGGGCUACAAAAGUGAAAUCCAAACGACCUCUCUCCAAAGUGAACUGCAGGGAUACACUUGAUGUUUUGAUUCAGUCUUCCAUUGACAACACUGGACUCAACUCUAGCCUCUGUAAUUUGUUAACGGAAAAUGACACAUUGGAAAGUGUUGAACAAGAGAAAGAAUGCAGAGCACAAGAAGUGAAAGCAGUAACAAACGAUUACAAUAGAGUUCGUGUUGAGAAGGAGAUCAACUGUGGAGAUCAACCCCUAACAGCGCGUGCUAAAUUACAGCAUUCAAGUGUACUCCAACAAAAUGUUAAGACAAGGAAACCUAUGUCAUGCCAUUUCUGCCGUUGCUCAUUUUGUCACAUAUCAGCAUACACAAUUCACAAGCGCAUUCACACAGGUGAGAAGCCUUACAGGUGCCAGAAGUGCGGCAAGAGCUUUGCUCAGCUCUCCCAACUCAACUCGCACUCAAACAUCCACAAACAACAUGGACUCAUGCAAUGCCCAUGUUGCGUCACUCAGUCUCCAAACAAAGAUGACUUGAUUGAUCAUUUAAAGAUCCACAUGAAGGGCACCAAGAGGUUAAGUUUGAUUAAUAAAACAAGAAGAGCCAGAGAAAUUCAGAUUCAACCUUACGCUGAUUACAUAGAUUCCCCAGUCUCUCUUAAUGGCAGGAAAUCCCUUAGAUGCUCCACUUGUUUGAAAUAUUUUUUCAAUAAGGCCACAUUGAAGAUGCCCCUGCAAACACACAGUGGAGUGAGGCGUUUCACCUGCAAAGUCUGUGGUAAGAUGUUUAGCAAGUUCUCAAGUUUCAAUGCACAUGAAAAAACACACUGGCCUGUUAAACCGUAUGCUUGCUCUGUGUGUGGAAAAGGCUUUGUUCUGCUUAGGGAGCUUAAAACCCACUCUCAUAUGCACUCAGGAGAGAUGCCUUUCUUCUGUAACCACUGUGGUGAGGCCUUUAGCAACUUCUCAUCCUUGCGCACACAUCAAGUCUCCAAUGUGUGUUUUGAGGCUAGAUAUGAAGGAGAUGGAAACAAGGUUGACAUUGAGGGUUUCCUGGUGGAGCAAAGGGCUGAUGGGCAGAUUAAUACCCCUAUGUACUUUAAAUGUCAGAUUUGCAAACAACUUAAUCGUCGCUGGUGUCAGUACAUUCUUCAUCUUCAAAACACACACUAAUAUCAAGCCAAACCUUUGUGAGGUCUGUGGACAACGGUAUGAUCAGGUCACUGAAUUAUGUGUUCAUUGUAAAGUUUGCUGCAAAUCAAGUGGAGAGGAGAGGGCAUGCAUUUCAUCCUUAUCACAGGUCUGGCAUGAACCCCAAUCUCUGCAGAAUCAGACGCCUGAGCCUGAAAUUGAUUCUCUGUACAAUGAUAAUCAGGAAAUGUUAUCUACUGAUGACCAGCAUCCCCAAUGCACAGAGCCUGAGCCCCUGCCACCUCUGGAAACUAUGGAGGAGUAUUCCUCAGAUGUGCUUCCACAAAACCCCAAACCUGCUUGCCAGACCCCAGGCAAUGGGUUAGAGAUUAAUCAACCUUCUCCCUCAAACUCCAUGUGUGCAAGCCCUGCCCCAUCUUCCCCUUCUGUAAUGAGCUGUUAUUCUGUAUGUGUGGUACAGCCUGUAGGUGUUCGCUCUCGUUUACAGACCCAUGCCCCUUGUGACAGGUAUUCAUGUGGACAAUGUGGAAAAUCCUUUAACCAGUGGAACAAGCUCUGGUUGCAUCAGGGACUACACCGAGAAAAACGUUGUAGCUUCUCAUGCACUCAGUGCAAUUUAGAGUUUAGCUUCUUUGGCUCCUAUAGGGAGCACAUGCAGGAACAUGCAGCACAGAGACCAUAUGCUUGUCCAUUAUGUCCCAAAUCCUAUGUCAUUGAAGAAGACUUAAAUACCCAUCUGGGCGAAAAUCACCAGCCACGUGAAAGCCUGAAAUGUGACACGUGUGAAAAGGGGUUCACCAGUUUCAGAAACUUCAAGAAACAUCUUCUUUUACACAGAGGGGCUAGCUCGCACUACUGUCUCCCUUGCAUGCUCCCAUUUCCUAGUAACCGAGCCUUACAGAAUCACUUGAAGGCUCACAAAGCCCGCCCUGUUAUCCCUCUCCCUGAAGGGCCAUUGGAACCACUUCUAUUUCCAUAUCGCUGUAGAAAAUGUAAUGCCAGAUUUACAACCACAGACUUGCUCCAAGCCCAUCAGGUUUGCCAUCUUAUUGGGGGAAAGAAAGCAUAUAGCAGCAGUUCAGCUAAUUAUGUUUCUGCAUCCCUUACCUCCAAGCUUUCAAACAAACCAAGACAAAGAUUCACGCUGCUAUCCCCUCAGACAAUACCUAGUUUUCCUCUGUCAAAUAAAAGGAACAUGUAUAGGUAUCCUCACCCUGAUCGUCUGUAUGUCGUCCCUAAAAUAUCCUCACAGCCACCAGUCAUUAUUUCAGACACAGAACAAGAGCCCCAAGAGAUUCUAAACAUUAGCUUAUCCUCAGUCCACGACUCGCCCCGUAACACUAUGUCCCUUGAACAUGAAGGGCAAAUCAGCCCUAGCAAUGAUUGUUGUGAGGCAAGCAACUCCUCAUGUGUCCUUAUUGAUGAACCUACUCAAUGUACGCCAAAGCCCCAAACAGACACCACACACAUGCCGACACAUGAACCACCCUCACCCUGUCCCCUGGAUAAAGGUCCUCAGAAUGUACCACCCCAAAUACGAGACAAGUCUAAGGGUGAUCAUGAUGCUUUCUUUAGAGCCUCAACAUUUGUGAUACCAAGGGGCAAAACGUGGGGGUAA